AUGUUAGCGUGUGGCUACCUGGUAAGAGUCAUAUAUUGUUUUGUUUUCCUCCAGCGUGAGUGUAUCUCCAUCCACGUUGGUCAGGCUGGAGUCCAGAUUGGCAACGCCUGCUGGGAGCUUUACUGCUUUGAACAUGGGAUCCAGCCGGAUGGACUGAUACCCAGUGACAAGACUGAAGGACGAGGGGAUGAUUCCUUCUGCACCUUCUUCAGCGAGACUGGAGCUGGAAAACACGUUCCCAGAGCUGUGUUUGUGGACCUGGAGCCCACUGUCAUCGAUGAGGUGCGCUCUGGACUCUACCGCCAGCUGUUCCAUCCUGAGCAGCUGAUCACUGGCAAAGAGGAUGCUGCCAACAAUUAUGCCCGUGGACACUACACCAUCGGCAAAGAGAUCAUUGAUCUGGUUCUGGACAGGAUCCGCAAACUGGCCACCAUCAAAACCAAGCGCACCAUCCAGUUUGUGGACUGGUGUCCCACUGGCUUCAAGGUUGGCAUCAACUACCAGCCGCCCACCGUGGUUCCUGGUGGAGACCUGGCCAAGGUCCAGAGGGCUGUGUGCUUGCUGAGCAACACCACUGCUAUUGCAGAGGCCUGGGCUCGCCUGGACCACAAGUUUGAUCUGAUGUUUGCUAAGCGUGCCUUUGUCCACUGGUAUGUCGGAGAGGGUAUGGAGGAGGGAGAGUUCUCUGAGGCCAGAGAGGACAUGGCAGCUCUGGAGAAGGAUUAUGAAGAGGUGGGAAUGGACAGUGUUGCGGGUGAGGGAGAGGAGGAAGGAGAGGAGUAUUAAAAGGGAUUUGAAGGCAUUUAUUAAGACAUUAAUCAGUUCCAAAUGUUCCUAAAUAUGUUCCAAAAAGACGUUUUCCUUGUUUGAGUAUUGAGAAAGUCAAACUGACAAUUUCAGUUUGUGAAAAAGAAGUUCAGAAGGACAUAAGUGCUUUUUUAAUAUAUUUUUAAUAUAUUGCAAGUUUUCUCCUAAAUAUGUUCCAAAAAGAGAUUUUUGUCCAUAAUUUGACUUGCUGUAGUGCUGAUACAGUCAAACCGACUGUUUCACUUCGUGAGGAAGUCAAGUGUUCAAAGUGAUACGAAGAGCUGAUCUAAAAUGUUCUCUUCAAUGUGUUAAAAAACUACAUUUUAUCUAUCAAAUGGGAAUUCUAUGAAAUAGAAAAUGUUUGGCUCAGUUUUAAAUAAAUUUCCUGUCAUAUGAA